AUGUCUUACUUCGGACUGCUAUUGCUUCUGCCAUUGGCGCAAUGUACCAAAAGGCCUCCUGACAUAAUAUUCUUCCUAGCAGACGACCUGGGAUGGGACGACGUGAGCUUUCACGGGUCCUCUCAGAUACCCACUCCGAACUUGGACGCCCUCGCUGCUGACGGCGUCAUACUCAAGAAUUACUAUGCCCAACCGGCUUGCACGCCUUCGAGGUCUGCUCUGAUGACAGGCAUAUACCCAGUGCGCAUAGGCCUCGCGAUCGACGUAGCCGAGGCGUGGGCACUGCCAUCGAAUUUGCGGAUUCUGCCUCAAUAUCUUAAGGACCUCGGCUACGAGACUCAUCUUAUUGGGAAGUGGAACCUCGGAUAUUAUACAGAAAGCCUCACUCCCACUUUCCGAGGUUUCGACAGCUUUUACGGCUUUUACAACGGAGAAGAGGACUAUUACACCCACAGCAUCACAUACGCAAACCACACAGGUCUUGACUUUUGGUUGAACACCGACCCGGUGUGGUCUGUAAAUGGGACGUAUUCCACCACACUGUACACGGAGAGGGCUCAACAUGUCAUCGCCAACAGAGACAAGACAAAGCCGCUCUUUCUAAUGUUGUCCUACCAGGCAGUGCAUGGCUCAGACAUAGAAGGCCGCCCACAGGCGCCACAAGAAAACGUUGACAUAUUUGCCUAUAUUGGCGAACAGAAGAGAACAAUAUUCGCAGGUAUGGUGGACGCGAUGGACCAGUCCGUAGGCAAGGUGUUCGAGGCUCUAAGUGUCGCCGGCAUGCUGCAGAACGCAGUGGUCGCCUUCAGCAGCGACAACGGCGGUGCCCCAUUCGGUGAACAUGCAAGCCGCAGCUUCAACUGGCCGCUGCGUGGCGCUAAAGGCGCCGUUUGGGAAGGCGCCACCAGGUGCGCGGCUUUCGUAUGGAGCCCCCUGCUCCACAGCAGGCGCAGAGUGUCCCACCAACUUAUGCACAUCACUGACUGGCUGCCUACUCUGUACUCAAUUGGUGGAGGCAACGUAAAAAAACUCGGAAGGUUGGAUGGCUUCGACAUGUGGCGAUGCCUCUCUCAAGGAUCGCGUUCCCCUCGCCUAGAGAUGCUGUACAAUUACGACGAGUGGAUUUUCCACGCAACGGCGCUGCGCUUCUCUAAGUACAAACUGGUGCUUGACGGCAGUGACAUGUACAACGAGCGCUACCGUACGGCCGGGGGCCAACGUCCGUGGAAUGACCUGGACAAGCUGCUCGCCAAGUCUCAGGCGGCGAAAGUCCUAAGGAACUUCUACCACAAGAAUCAAUUGAUACUUCCCAGUGAUUGGAGGGACAGAGCGACACUGAAAUGCGGUAGAUGGUCGCCGAGAAGCUUUUCAGGCAACGACACCGUCUACCUGUUCGACAUAGUUGCAGACCCCUGCGAGCUGAACAAUUUGGCAGACACACUUCCGGAGAUCGUGGCGUUCCUGAAGGAACGAAUCGAGACGUACGCCGCCACUGCAGUUCCACCGUUGCACGCACCCAAAGACCCUGCCGGGUUUCCGGAGUAUCACAACGGAACGUGGGCACCCUGGUUGGAUUCAGUUCUUUGAAGAUAGUGCUGCUAUGUUAUAGGGAUACCGGGACACAAUGGCACCU